UCUUUGACCAAAAAAAAAAAAAAAGCUUACUAAUCUCUCUUCCUCAGAAAAGAUAAUUUUACUUCUGUUUUUGAACGGAAGAGACAGAGACUUCUUCUUCUUCAUCGUCGUUGUCUUCUUCUUCUCCUUAGGUGUACAGAGUCGAUACCUAACUUCAUUUUACAUAGAGAGAGAAAUCAGAAGAAGAAACAAAAUCGUGAAAAGGUGGAAACUUUUUUAAGAGCAAGAGAUUGAAACUACACAGAAGGAAACGGUAUAUAUGCGUGGCUAGAUAUCGAUUAAUCGAUACGUAUACUCCUGGAGUGUCUCUUUGAGUGUGUAUAUCUCUCUCAGUUGUUCUUCGCUGAAAGUCGGGAUCUUUAGGCAGAAACAAACAAGCUGUGUGAUCCGACGUCGUUUAAAAGUUUUGAUCCAGCUUGUUUGAAGCGUUGUGCAGUGGGUUAAAGAAUAUCUGAGGUUGAGGUGUUGCAGUAUGCAAUAAAGCUUUUUGAUUUUUUUAUGAGAUGAAGGCAGUUAAAGGGUGGCUUCUAGGCAGAACAAGUUAUACGCAGUCUUUGCCUGGUGCUCGCCACCACCGUUCUCCUACGAAGAAACCAGUAUGGAUCAUCGCAGUGGUUUCUCUGAUAACAAUGUUUGUAAUCGGUGCUUACAUGUUCCCUCAUCACCGCAACUCCGCUUGUUAUAUGUUUUCAUCUAAUGGAUGCAAGGCCCUUACUGAUUGGCUUCCACCCUCGCCGAGGGAGUUUUCUGAUGACGAGAUCGCAGCUCGUGUAGUGAUUAGCGAAAUGUUGAGUUCCCCUCGUGUCAUCAAAAAGACUUCUAAGAUUGCAUUUAUGUUCCUAACACCUGGUACUUUGCCUUUUGAAAAGCUAUGGGACCUCUUUUUCGAGGGUCAUGAGGGGAAAUUCUCAGUGUAUAUCCAUGCAUCAAAGGAUACGCCGGUUCACACCAGUCGUUACUUUCUUAACCGUGAAAUUAGAAGUGAUGAGGUGAUCUGGGGUAGAAUAUCAAUGAUUGAUGCCGAGAGACGUUUGUUGACCAAUGCUCUAAGAGAUCCUGAAAAUCAGCAAUUUGUUUUACUCUCUGAUAGUUGUGUGCCACUUAGAAGUUUUGAAUACAUGUACAACUAUAUGAUGUACAGCAAUGUCAGCAAUGUUGAUUGCUUUGACGAUCCUGGUCCACAUGGAACCGGCAGGCAUAUGGAUCACAUGCUGCCGGAAAUUCCAAAGGAAGAUUUUCGAAAGGGUGCACAGUGGUUCUCAAUGAAGCGUCAGCAUGCUGUAAUAACUGUGGCAGACAGUCUUUACUACUCAAAGUUCCGGGACUACUGUCGGCCAGGUGUAGAGAGCAACAAGAACUGCAUAGCGGACGAACACUACUUGCCAACAUUCUUCCAUAUGCUUGAUCCUGGUGGCAUUGCUAACUGGACUGUAACAUAUGUUGAUUGGUCUGAGAAAAAGUGGCAUCCAAGAACAUACAUGCCCAACGAUGUCACGCACGAGUUACUGAAGAACCUCACGUCCAUUGAUGCAGUUUCACGUGUAACAAGUGAGGGAACGGGUGAAGUAACAUGGACACCAUGCAUGUGGAACGGAAUCAAAAGACCUUGCUAUCUCUUUGGAAGGAAAUUCCACGCAGCUACUCUCAACAAACUGAUCGACCUCUUUUCAAACUACACAAGCAUGGCAUAGACCUCAACAAGGCGUUUUGAUUGAUCGAUGAAACGCAAAGCAAAAGAAGGUAUUCUUUUCGACUGGGAUUCUUUGGCCAACGUCCCAUUACAUUCUAAGGAACCAAGUUUUAAAUUUGAGGAACUACCAUGGAAUCCUUAGAAGAUGUAACUUGCUGCAAAGUCCUUUUAAGAGGAGAGAAUCAUUGAGAUUUUUGAGAAGCAUAGGAAGUGUUUGGUGUAUUUCAUCUGGUUGGGGACGUUGAGACAUUUUGAACUCAUCUGUUUUCACUACAUCUCGUUGUUAUUUAUAAAAAUCUUAGCAGAGUGCUUUCUGUGUUA